UGUUUUUGGGGUGUUUUUGGGUUAAUUUUGGAAUUUUUUGGCCAGGCCAGCUCUCCCUGGAGGGGUUCUGCCGCUACCUGGGCGGGGACGAGAACGGGAUCGUCCCCCUGGAGACGCUGGGGCUGCACCAGGACAUGACCCAACCCCUGAGCAGCUACUUCAUCAACUCCUCCCACAACACCUACCUGACAGCGGGGCAGCUGGCAGGCCCCUCCUCCCCCGAGAUGUACCGGCAGGUGCUGGCGCGGCAGCAGGCGAAGAUGGCCGAGUGCUGCAGGAGCGUCCUGGGGUGGCGCAACAGGAGCUUUGAGAUGUCGUCGUUCGUGGAGACGAAGGGGCUGGAGCAGCUCACCAAGAGCCCCCUGGAGUUCGUCGAGUACAACAAGCGCCAGCUGAGCCGCGUUUACCCCAAGGGCACCCGCGUGGACUCGUCCAACUUCCACCCGCAGCUCUUCUGGAACGCCGGCGUGCAGAUGGCAGCGCUCAACUUCCAGAGCCUGGACGUGCCCCUGCAGCUGAACCUGGGGCUCUUCGAGGCCAACGCCGGCGCCGGGUUCCUGCUCAAGCCGGAGCCGCUGCGGCGCCGCGACAAAACCUUCGACCCCUUCGUGGAGGAGCGGCUGGACGGGAUCGUGGCCAACACCCUGAGGGUGCAGGAUCGGGACCGGGCCGAACCGCAACUGGAUCGGGAUCAGGAUCGGGAUCGGAACCGGAACCGGAACCGGAUCGGAACUGGACAUAGGCACAACCCGAACUGGAUCAGGAGCAGGAACUGGACCGGAACCGGACCAAGACCCGGAGGUGGAUUAGACCCGAACCAGGUCGGAUCCGGAUCUGGACUGGAACUGGAUCGGAUCCGGACCGGGUCGGACUGGGACCGGAUCAAAGACUGGGACUGGAUCGCGAACCGGAUCCGGAUUAGGGACCAGAACCGCAUCAAGACCCGGGGGAAGAUUUGA